CGAGUGGUCACUGUUGACUGCGUUGGACGUUGAUUCAGUUGAGAAAUACAUAGACUCCUUGUGGCGCCGAGGGAUUACUUGCCAAUAACAAACUUUCCAUUUGUGUAAUUCCAAAGAAAGUAAGAGGCCAAUAAUAAUAAAAAUGGCACCCAAACAGAGAAUGCGUAUUGCUAACGAGAAAGCAACCAAAAAUAUUACGUUGAGAGGAAAUGUACCAAAAUCGUCGAAAUCGGCAGAAGAAGAAGCUCCAGUUGGACCUUGGCUUUUGGCUCUGUUCAUUUUCGUCGUUUGUGGAUCAGCUGUUUUCCAAAUAAUCCAGAGUAUUCGGAUGGCGUAAUAAAAAACUGGCUCUAUUUCACAUAUUAAUGAAAUAUAAUGAAGAAAAAUUCUCAUUUAUAAAACAUUCUAUUUCCAUCUACUGACUGAAAAGUUUUUAUUUCUGGUAUAAAGCGAAAAAUUCCGUGGGUUUCGUUACACACCAAUAACUGAUCCGAUUCUCUUGAAUUUCUGGACGUAUACAUAUUCUUCUUCUUGGUAUUGUGUUGCAUAGUCUCAGAAGCAAUAUUAUAAUUAUCAUGACAUUAAUAUCUUUGCGUUUACUUAAUCCAUUUAACCGUCGAUCGCAACAGUCGUAUGCGAAGGAGAAAUGUUUGAAGUCUCCGAUAUGUUUACGAACUACGAGGGCCGUAAGAAGCACACACUGUAUACAUGUAGAAUACUACAAAACGGGACCCCUAUAAAAACACUUGAUGGUGGGAUGGGUAAAUAAUAUUUCCUGAAGAGUUUUAAUUAUUGCUGCUACAUCAACUGAAAACGCUGAAGCUAUUUAUACCUUUCCAUUUUGUGUAAUGUAUUCAGUUUACAUCAUAUCCUUUUAUGUAACGAUUUUUGUAAUGCAGUUGAUGUCCAAUUUGAUACUAAUAUAUGGAGACAUGCAACAAUAUUUCAGAGGUGGUUAAUCCAAUUUUUUCAUUAAUAAGCAUGAGGUUCAUGAUUGUAAAUACUGGAAUAUAUAUAGUAUUAAUUAAAA